UGUAUCUCCCACCUCCUAAAUGGAGAAGUCAGGACAGCACUGAGAACUUUAGACAUGAUUAAAAACCAACAGGAAACCACAUGAUAGUCAGGAGUUAAAGUUUAUAAACUGCCUUACGUACAUAGGUUAGAUUUUAUGCUACUUAUCUGCUGGACUCAAGAAACCACUUCAGUUCCUCAUAUGAAAUAGCAUGUGACUUCUACACCUAAAAAGCUUUUUGUUCUGGAAAAAGUUCACUGCUGUCGCUAUAUACAACUGUGGCUCGAGCUGUUUCUACAACAAUGUGUGAGAGACUGGACAAAAUCAGAAAAAUCAUAACUGUAGAGCCUGUUAUGUUUUUGUUCAUGACAGGAACCUUCCUAUUCACACCGGCUUAUCAGCAGCUGCUAAUAGCAAAGGUUUGUAAUGAGCUAUAUCAUGGUGAAAAUAUCUGCGGACAUCUUGAAAACCACACCAAAGAAAACCAGGCAAUUCAGAGCAAAACCUCCUACAUAUUGCUGGUAUAUGUAGCUGUCCUGAGCCUUGUAUCAAUACCACCAGCCAUCCUCUUUGGCUCAUGGUCAGAUCAGGCUGGCCGCAAGUUGGGGAUGAUUCUGCCCAGUGUCUGUUCUGCAGUCAGUGGUGGAUUUCUAAUUGCUGCAGCUGAAGUAGAACAGAUACAUGUUUACUGGACUAUUUUCACUGCCCUGCUAGUAGGGAUCUCUGGAGGCCAUGUUACAGUAUUCCUGAGUGUUUUUAGUUACUUGGCUGAUGUUACCAAUGCUGAAAACCGAACUCUACGGAUGGCUAUUUUAGAGUCAAUGGUUUUCAUUGGAGGAACUGUUGGUUUUCUCCUGAGUGGCACUUUGAUCCAGUAUUUUAGUUUCACUCCUGUGUUUGGGACCUUCUGUUUAUGCCAUGUGCUGUCAGUGCUUUAUGUGCUGCUUUGGCUUUGGAAUCCAGAUUCUUCCCAAAGGGUAGGAAUCCUUAAUGUAGUAACAAGCCAUAGAAGCGAUGAUGAACCUAAACUCUCAAUAUUUAUGUAUGCAAAGCUGUCAAUCAAGUCUGUUUUGAAGAAAAGGGCUGGCAAAAAUAGACUAAAGCUUCAACUUCUCAUCCUCUGUACAUUCUUGAUGAAUAUUUGCAAUACUGGGGAACAAACUGUCGUACUCCUGUUUCUGAUGUAUCCACCAAGGAAUUUUACCAGUGUGCUAUUCAGUGCAUUCACCGCAACAAAAAUGUUACUCUCGGGUUUAUGUUUGGUUGGACUAUUCCCAUUACUGCUUAGAUUUGUGGGAGAGAUGACCCUCGCUAAAGUGAGUGCAGUGAUGAGGGCAGCCUCUUUCAUUCUAUUGGCCUUCUCAACAAACACAUGGAUGGUGUUCCUAGUUGCUGUGGUGGGAGCGGCUUCAGGUUUCACUCAGGCAGUGGUUCGUUCUAUGUCGUCAAGGAUUGUUGAGCCCAACGAACAAGGUGCUAUGUUUUCCUUUUCGGCAUCAGUAGAAACUACAUGCAUACUCAUUGGAGCAGGGAUAUUUAAUAGCCUUUAUCCUGCGACACUCACAACAUUUCCUGGAAUGGUCUUCCUUGUAAUGGCUACCUUUAUAAUCAUUACUCUCAUACUCAUACAGUGGAUCAGUGAAAUGCCUACCACUCAUCCUCAGGUAUUAAUCAUAGAGGACUGAAUCGCUGAUGAUAACAGAAGUUCUCCAGUUCAAUCAAAAAAUCCCAAAGUUUGAUUUAAUAGGGAUCACACUGUGUCUGAUAUUAACAUUUUGUCACAAUGUAUAGUGCUAGUAGGAGCUGUUACAGCUUUAGAAUUAGGGCCAUGUGAAAAGGUGGUGGGUAUUUAGUAACUAAAACACUUUGAAAGUGAUUCGUGACAAGUGGUAAAAUAACAACAGAUGGUGAUUAAAAUGUUCACAUGUUUAUUUUCUUUUAGUUUUUUUGUAUUGUGUACUUGGUAGUGAAACUGUUUUUUUUUUUUUUUUUUUUAUAACAACAUUAUAAGACCUCAGAUAUAAAACAUAACCAGCAAUGACAAAAUAAUGGAUUUGGAAUAAGUAUUGCAUUGUUUCUGUAGCACAAUUUAAUAUGAUACCUUAGUACUCUAGUGGUAAAAUACUGAUUUACCAGUAUGUAUUGAUAUAGUGAGAUAUCACAGGUAUGUAAAAUGUGUAAAAUGUUACACUGAUAUCACUCAUAGCAGUGCAGUUCCCAUUGUCUUCCCAUUUCCCCUGAUACAUAACCAUUUUUAUUGUCAUUGUAGUGCAUUUCCAUUGGAUAUUAUUAGUCAAGGUUGCUGUGAUUAAGUCACCAAAUCAAGUAAAAUUUAAAAUAUACACCCUUGACUUGUUGUAAAGUAAUACAAAAUUAUAGAGUUUAUAAAUAAAUUGGUUACUAUAAAGAAAGCAAAGACAUGGUCAUAUAAGCUCAUGACACAGUUAUCUUUUUUCUAUAUUAGUAUACAGUAUUUAAAGUAUAUUGUUCAACACUUUGUUUUAAAUAAUUACUUUUUUAUUAUUAAACAGUUGAAGCACACAUACACCUAAAACCAUUUAGCAGAACUAAAUCUUGUGUCCUUGUUUUUUGUCACACUAGCACUUUCCCAGUCUGACUUUUAAGUUUAGGCCUGUGUGGAGAUUUAAUUCAUGCCCAUCUUGUCUUGUGAAUCUCUUUUGAACACUAACAUGGCUGCGCCGUCAUAAAUACAAAUACACAAAUCAUACACAGGGGCUUUUAUUCUAAAAAUAAAUAAAUAAAUAUACU